GUCACGGACUUCCUGUCUCACCUCACAGAGACUUUUUGAAGUUCAGACUGAGGCAGCAGAUUGACUCCGAGCCAGCGCCGCAACAGGCACGUUGUCCCAAAUUAAACUCCUGUGCGUAAAAUGGCAUUUCUCAGAAGACUCCACGACGACCAGUCUGAGACUCACCUCACCAGCUAGACCGGUUUCUCUCCUUCUUCUCCUCCUCCAACCAUAAAGGAUUAAAAAAAGAAAAAAGAAAAAAGAGCCAGCGUCAUGCCCGAGGUGUCGAAGAUGAAGAAGCCCGACGUCAAGAUAGUUCUGCUGGGAGACAUGAACGUGGGGAAGACGUCGCUGCUCCACAGGUACACGGAGAGGAAGUUCAAAGACACCGUGAGCACCGUCGGAGGGGCGUUCUUCCUCAAACAGUGGGGGCCUUACAACAUCUCCAUCUGGGACACAGCCGGUCGCGAACAGUUCCACGGGUUGGGUUCGAUGUACUGCCGAGGCGCGGCCGCAGUCAUCCUCACUUAUGACGUGACCAACUGGCAGAGCUUAGCUGAGCUGGAGGAGCGCUUCCUGUCCCUGACCGACACCGCUAACCACGACUGCAUAUACGCCGUGGUGGGCAACAAGGCUGAUCUCACAGACCCUAAAGCUCACCUGUCCAAGGGCCCCGACGUGACCUCCGAUGACCGAACUGAGUGCGAUGAGGAAAGGAUGGAGCCAGAGGUGGAGGUGCUGUCUGCUUGCCCCACACCUCCAGCCUCCCCUGCGUCCCUCUCCGGGGUGAUGCUGAACAAACAGGUCACCCCCGAGGAAGCGGCGUCGUUCUACGGAAGAAUACUGCGCUACAAGGGUCUCGACGAAAAAAGCAGCUUCCCCGCGGAGAAGAUGUGCUUCGAGACGAGCGCCAAGACGGGCUACAAUGUGGACGCCCUGUUCGAGACUUUGUUCGAUCUGGUGCUGCCUUCCAUCCUGAGGAAGAGGAACGAGAACCAGGAGUCUCCCACGGUGGACCUGGAGGAGUGCAGGGGGGGCGGCAACAAGCGGACCAGAUCUUCCUGCUGCUAGGACCUGGCAAAGGACGGAGGAGAGGCUGCCAGACGCAGAGACCUGUUUUUAAAGCAAGGACAAUCAACAGGUCGGCCUGCACACCAAAACACAUACUGUGACGGUACUACUUAUCUGCCUUGACUGAGAACUGAUAGCAUUAAUGACCUCUGAAGAAACCCACUCACACACUAAAACACAAACACCUGUUCUUGAUCCUGUGAAGACGGUCCGGUUACGCUUUACGAUUUCUUCGAUCACUCUGUGCUUUGAAAUCUUCCACCCCGACGACUGAAACUGCACUUAAUAUCCCAAAGAUGUGUCUGAGGGUAAAUAACACACACAAGAAGUCCAUCACUGCUGUUGUUUUUUUUAUGUUUUCCCAUGAGAUUGUCACAGAUUUAACAGCACUAAUUGUUAGGGUGGUACUCUGCACUGUGUUUUAUCAUGGCUUUUUCCUUAAAUCACUUUUUUCUUUUACUCUCUAUCUUACUCGCAUUGUUUUUCUAUUUUUUAUUUUUUUUUCCCGGCGCAUUUCAAAUGAGUGUAAAUAGUAAAAAUACACCUGUUGCAUUUUUAAGUACACUGUCAUAAUAAAGAUUUUUAUUUUGCCACCUGUCUUCUCGGUAAGUUUGUGACAUUAAAACGACACAGUCAGACGUGUAUAACAAACAACAUUUAAUCUUUACAAUCCAAUGAAAUGAUGUUAUGAAAAUUACCAUAAUUAUAUUACAAUUUAAACAAAUGUUGUCGUGCAUAUUGCCGGGUCUAAUCAAACUGUUUAUUUCUAAAGAGAGAGAGAGAAAAAAAGUGAACAUUUGACCUACUGUGUAAAAUAAUGGAGCAACAACGACCUUUGACCUGAGCUGUUUACAUCCUGUGCUGUUGGCAGCUCGGUGCAGUUCUGUAGUUAGUAGAUUGUGUGACAUGAGUGGUGUUAAAAAGAUAUAUAUGUAUAUUUAAAGUCUAAGAAAGGCAGAAGGGGUCAAGUUCAUUCAUCUGGUAUAAAUACAAAGAGAAUCAGUGCAUCGUGUGAAGAGUAAGUCGGCAGACUAAAUGCUUGAAAACAGUCAUGUUAUAAAAAAUAGGUUUUGUAAAGAGCGUAGAGUAAAAAAAA